AUGGUGGGGGUAAUCGGGAACAGUAGUAGAGAAAGAGAUCGAGAGCUUUUGAUACCAGUGGCAGACUCCAUUGACCACCAUCACCAUCAUGUUGAUGACUCUUCAAAACCCUUAUCUUCCGCUUCCGCUUCUCACCAUAACUCAGGCCGCGAGGUAUGGUUCUAUGGAAUAAUUAUAUCAGGGCUCCAGGAGAAAGAGGCUGACUUUACAUUUGCUUGCUGGCUGCAUUAUAAUCUUGAUUUCGAUUUAGAAUUCUUUAUAUCUCUCUCAUUGCAGAAUUAUGCGGCGGCAGAAGAGCUAUGCUGUGUGUAUGUCCCAACAAACCAUCUAUACAUCGGUGACAUCUUUUUGGUCAAUGCCAAUGAUGUUAUAAGACCAAACUUGUCUGUCCGGGAAGGAAUUGAAAUUGUUGUAUCGGGUGGCAUGUCAAUGCCCCAAAUACUCUCUACCUUGGAUCCAAGAACUAUUCAAGUGGAUAGGAAUAGAUCUAACAGAAGCUGAGAUUGAAGACAUCAGAUGCAGCUGGUCGGAUUUCUCUAUACCUUUCUGUAUUGCAGAUUAAGUCGAUGAAUGGUAUGAGCACACAAUUCGCUUGUUUCGGCAUCUAAUCUGCAAUUAAUAUUUAAAUUAUUUUAAUUUUUCAAGUGUUAGAUUAUAAUCACAUGAUGUCCUAGUGUACAAUGUGGGGAAGUAGCAGUUGUGGAAAUAUAGUUUGCUAUGUUUUACGUAUUAAAAGAUUUAGUUGUUUAAGGUUAAAAGGAUCGUGUACUAAUGAGUUAGAAUUUAGUAACUUUUUCAUGAGCCUUGUGACACUCUUUUUGCAAUUAUAGUAAUGGUGGAUUCUUCGAUCCAUCUUCAUUAUCAAA